AUGGAGGAAGCGGACAACCGACAACUUGUCAAACACUUGUCCAAGAGCGCCUCCGAACUUCAGGGUCAUCACUCGCUAGCUCACAGGACGCAGUCCUUAUUCACGUCUAUAAAAGGACCGAAAUACCGAGAGGCUAAUGAAGACCGAGAUCCUCCCGUUUUGAUGAUAAAUGGAGUUGCUGAGACUAAGGGAACCAUUUCUCAAUCGACCCCUCAACUUAGCCCAAUCACACAAUGCUCCUGCCAGUAG